UGGGUAAUUAGUUCGCUCGUGUAAACACAGAUUGUUUAAAUAUACGCUGCAAUUCGUUCAGUGUUAUAAUGAGGAAGUGGCUGCUUUAUGACUUGGUGAUCACUGCCUUAUUUAUAGGGGAUUCGCAAGAGUCGACGCUGCGCGUAAUUGGAGGACAUGAGGCCCCUACCGAGUUCGGAUAUUUCCACGCUUCACUUCAAAACUUAACCGGCCACCAUGUUUGUGGAGGCGCCGUGGUGUCCGACCGACACGUCGUGACAGCGGCACAUUGUGUUCAAGGUGCUGAACCACAAUACAUUAAAGCCGUAGUGGGGACGACGAACCUGGAUGAGGGAGGCAAUUCAUAUGAUCUUGAAUCUAUACGCAUCUUCAAUGAUUUUAAUGACAACAAAAGGGCCAAUGACUUAGCAAUUAUUAAAUUGGCUAAGCCUUUUAAUUCAAAUGACGUUGAAAUAAUAGAGAUAGAUCAAAUGAACUUAAAUGAAAACGAUGAAGUCACUUUAACUGGCUUUGGCGCUCAAGAGGUCAAUGGUGCAUCAAGUCGUUUAAUGCACGUUCUAGAACUGACUGUGUUCAGUCAAGAUACAUGUAAAUAUGCCAUGCGUUAUACUCGAGCAGUCGAUGAAAAUAUGUUUUGUACAUUUACUAAAAUCGGUGAAGGAACCUGCCAUGGUGACUCUGGUGGACCGUUAGUAAAGGAUAAAAAACUUGUUGGCCUUGUUUCAUGGGGAAUCCCCUGUGCCGUAGGGUUUCCCGAUGUACACACACGAAUUGCGCCUUUCUUUGACUGGAUUCAGGAACAGAUACAACAGUUUUGAUUAAAAAU